AUGCGAAUUGAAGCGCGCCUCCACAUCGACCGCCGCUGCGCGCGAUCGGAUCCGCAUGAGAGCCGCGCCGGAACGUGGUUUGGACCCUUUGCCGGCUCGGCCUUUGCUUCAGGACGCUCAACAUCGCCGAACACCACUCUCAGCUGGAUUCCACCAACUCGCAGCUUCAACUCGACAAAGAUGAGCCAAGAUAGGGAACCGCCUCACACCAAGGCUACGGGGGGCAACGAGGCAGAGGCGACGGUUUCUGCCACGGGCAUGCCACGAAUCAUCCCUCGCCAUCGCGAUGAACGACCAUCGUCUGAGCAAGACCUUAUCGACGAGAAGGACGGUUCUGCACCUAGCGAGAUGGAAUCCGACGCUCCUUCCGACGCAGAACACUCGUAUCCACCCACAGGAUCGCUUACACUCGCCGCAUUCAACCCCUACUCCUCCAUCCCGCUUCCCCGCCGUCUGGCUCUCAUCUCCUCCUCGGUAGCCAUCAACUUUGGCCUUCCCUUCCUCAACGGCGUCAUGCUCGGAUUCGGCGAAAUCUUCGCAAGAGUCAUCCUCGCCCCCGCCCUAGGCAUCACAGGCGUCGGAUGGGCGGGCGAUACCGCUAGAGCCAUCGCAAAUUGGAACUGGUUGCCAAAAUCCAAACCUGCAUCCGACACGCAAAGUCGUCAAUACCAAUCAACAGGCCAGUUCGACGAUUGGUCCACCCAACAAUCCAACACAACACAACACUUUGAACUCUAA